AUGGAGAACAACACUUACACGUUUAUCCAAUUAAACAAGGUGUGUAAAACACUAGAAGAUAAAGACUUGAAGGAUAGCUUGAUGAAAUGGUCCAUGAAAGGGACACUUGGUGUGCAGUAUUACUCUUUCAAUCGACAAUUUCAACUUCAUCAAAAGCAGCACUUUUUGGACUCAUUCUUCACCGAUCCUGUGGUUUACGGGAGUCUCAUUUACAACCAAGUUCCUCUAGGUAAGCCAGCAUCCGUCACUUUCCAGUCCAUCCCGUGUACAAUCCUCUCUAUGGAUUUUUUCGACCGAAUCCUCAACCCGAACAACAACAUUGUCCGUUGUGAUGGCAAAACCAUAACACAAUGUUUGGAGGACGAUGUGGAAGGAUUUUCAAUCGACGACAAUUUGAGAAGUAUGAUUCUGAAUCGUGAUAGCAAGUUUUUCAAUCUCUAUAGCGAUUCAGAUCGCCGACAAUUCUUGUGGAGGAUUUUCACCCACUUUUGUCUUGGAGGAGAAUACUGCCAACACGAGUUUGAGGUUCAGGCUUAUUUAACAGCGGCAAAGUCACUCUACAAGGAACUAGUGAGUGUGGAACGGAUAGGAGACUCAAAUGAACUUGUGAUCCGUUCUGUCGUCAUGAAAGUUCAAACUUUUGAUGACCAUGGGCGACCUCUUGUGCCUUACAAGGUAGAUAAUCUACAGAACUUUAUGUACCUUGUGGUCGACCCUUUCAAACGGUCUGUGGCAGUGUUAAGUCAUAGUUAUGCACAGUUUGCGUCAGUGAGAAGGGAAGAGCUCGACACAGACUCUGGAUGGUCACACAACUAUCAUGAGAAGACGACGGCUCUGUCAGCUACCUCCAACAUAGAAUUGUUGUCUAAUUACUUCCUUUGA